CCGGGCCGGCCGGGCUCCGCGCCUGUCAAACCCCUCAUUGUUCGCAGCUGAUGUCACUCGCAGUUGUGAGCGGCCGCCUUUCCCGGGGACAAUGUGGGACUGAGCGGCCCAGCCGCCGCGCCGCCGCCGCCGCAGGACAGCCCCAGCGAGAGCCAGCCAGGCCGCAGCGUGGACACUCUCCCAGGCCGCUGUGGCCCCAGCCCCGCCUGACAGGAUGAGCGGCUCAGACGCGGGGCUGGAGGAGGAGCCGGAGCUGAGCAUCACUCUCACGCUGCGGAUGCUGAUGCAUGGGAAGGAGGUGGGCAGCAUUAUUGGGAAGAAGGGAGAGACUGUAAAGCGAAUCCGGGAACAGAGCAGUGCCCGGAUCACCAUCUCCGAGGGCUCCUGCCCCGAGCGCAUCACCACCAUCACUGGGUCCACAGCAGCUGUCUUCCAUGCUGUCUCCAUGAUCGCCUUCAAGCUGGAUGAGGACCUCUGUGCUGCCCCUGCAAAUGGUGGGAAUGUCUCCAGGCCUCCCGUGACCUUGCGCCUUGUCAUCCCUGCCAGCCAGUGUGGUUCGCUGAUCGGCAAGGCUGGCACCAAGAUCAAAGAGAUCCGAGAGACUACAGGUGCUCAAGUGCAAGUGGCGGGGGACUUGCUUCCCAACUCCACAGAGCGCGCUGUCACUGUGUCUGGAGUGCCUGAUGCCAUUAUCCUGUGUGUGAGACAGAUCUGUGCUGUGAUCCUGGAGUCCCCACCCAAAGGAGCCACCAUCCCCUACCACCCGAGCCUCUCCCUGGGUACAGUCCUCCUCUCUGCCAACCAGGGCUUCCCUGUGCAGGGGCAGUAUGGGGCUGUGACCCCAGCUGAGGUCACCAAGCUCCAGCAACUCUCAGGCCAUGCAGUGCCCUUUGCUUCUCCCAGUGUGGUGCCAGGACUGGAUCCAGGCACGCAGACCAGCUCACAGGAAUUCCUGGUUCCCAAUGACCUGAUCGGCUGUGUGAUCGGGCGCCAGGGUAGCAAGAUCAGUGAGAUCCGCCAGAUGUCGGGGGCUCACAUCAAGAUUGGCAACCAGGCAGAAGGCGCCGGUGAGCGGCAUGUGACCAUCACGGGCUCACCAGUCUCCAUUGCCCUGGCCCAGUACCUCAUCACUGCCUGUCUAGAGACGGCCAAGUCUACCUCUGGGGGGACGCCCGGCUCCACCCCCGCAGACCUGUCCGCCCCCUUCUCACCACCCCUGACAGCCCUGCCCACAGCUCCCCCGGGCCUGCUGGGCACACCCUAUGCCAUCUCCCUCUCCAAUUUCAUCGGCCUCAAGCCUGUGCCCUUCUUGGCUCUACCACCUGCCUCCCCGGGCCCACCGCCGGGCUUGGCGGCCUACACUGCCAAGAUGGCAGCAGCCAAUGGGAGCAAGAAAGCUGAACGGCAGAAAUUCUCCCCCUACUGAGGCUGGCUGGUGGUGGCUGCAGUGGUGGCGGCAGCACAGGCAAGGACAGGAGCAGGGGCAGGCAGGACCGCCGGCAUGGGGGCUGCCUCUGCACCCCUGCCUGGCCUCUGGAGACCCCAUCCAGGGCUCCCCAAUGCCGCUAAUGCCGGACGCAUGGAUGCACUCCCUACCCUGCCUGGGUGUGUGCAGCUUCUCUCAGUGGGGCAGUUCCCAGCCCAGGGCUCAGGGAGCUUGCAACAGCCCCACCCCACCCCCUGGGGCAGGGGACCCCAUCCCCUCUGCUCUGUGCUUGGGUGCAGGGAGCAGCCAGUGGCCUCCCUGGUGCCCCCACCGUGUUGGGGGUGGUCACGCCUAUACUCCCCAUUCCUCUGGGUUUCCAGCCCCCUGUGGGAAGAGAGCUUGGGAGUGCCUGGAGCCAUGCUUCUCGUCCCCAUCUCCCUGCCGGUUCCUGCUGCUUCCACUGAUGCCCUUGUGACUGGAAUGGACUGGCUGGGCUUGUUGGUGGGCAGCCCAGAGAGGGGGCUGUUCCCAAGCUGGGGGGGUGGGGCUUGGGGGCAGGGGUCCAGUUCUGAGCAGCAACACUGUACAGUUUUUUCAAUUCCUGUUUUUGAAUAAACAUUCUCAGCGACCAGGAA